AGGGUUUAGAGUGGUAGAGUUUGAACUGUGAAGUAUCGAAAGUCCGAGCCAAUACGCUGCGUUUUUGGCUCUCACUCGGAGCAGCUUAUCCCGGCGCGAUUUCUUCACAAGUCCGCUGAAACGAAGAUGGUGGUUUUGAUUUCAAGUACAGUGAACAUUUGCAGGGUAAAGCCAAAGCUUAAAGACGCAAGCUUUAGCGUCAACUGGUUCAUACCCAGACCCGAAGUUCAAUUUUUCUCAGGGUUGAGUGAGACGAAGAGGAAGAAGAAGACGACAUGUGGAGUUUCGGUUAAGUGUUUAGCUGUGAAGAAAGAACAAGUUGUUGAAAGCGUGGAGAGAGUUAAAGGGACAAUCUUUCCCAAGAAGGCAAUGAUGAGUGAAGGAAGAGAUGAAGAUGAGGAGUAUGGGAAGCUUGUCUGUCCUGGUUGUGGGAUUUUUAUGCAGGACAGUGAUUCUGAUUCACCCGGGUAUUAUCAGAAGAGAAAGGUGGUUGUAAAGAGCUUGGAGGAGGUGACUGAAGAUGAGCUUGAAGGGUUUGAAAUGGUUGAUGAUGAUGAUGAGGAGGAGGAGGAGGAGGAUGAUGAUAUCAGGAAUGUAUUAGAGAGUAGUAACUCUGAAAGUGAGGAUGAGUUUGACUGGGAGUCAGAUGAGUGGGAAGAGAAGGAGGAAGGAAACGAUGUUGAACUCGACGGUUUUGCUCCAGCCGGCGUUGGAUACGGUAAUGUAACAGAGGAGAUGGUGGAGAAGAAACGAGUUUCGAAAUCAGAGAGGAAGAAGUUAGCUAGAGAGGAAGCCAAGAAGGAUAAUGAUGAUGAUGAUGUAACAGUAUGUGCUCGUUGCCAUUCUCUGAGAAACUACGGCCAAGUGAAGAACCAAGCUGCUGAGAAUCUCUUACCCGAUUUCGAUUUCGAUAGAAUGAUCUCAACUAGACUUAUAAAACCAAUGAGUAGGAACUCAAGUACCACGGUUGUAGUCAUGGUUGUUGAUUGUGUGGACUUUGAUGGCUCUUUCCCCAAACGAGCAGCAAACUCUUUGUUCAAGGCGCUUCAGAAGGCUGAGAACGAUCCUAAGGUGGGCAAGAACCUACCCAAACUCGUGCUCGUUGCAACAAAAGUAGACUUACUCCCCUCACAAAUUUCACCAGCUCGGUUAGACCGUUGGGUUCGCCAUCGUGCCAAGGCUGGAGGAGCGCCUAGGCUGAGUGGUGUGUAUAUGGUCAGUGCUAAGAAAGAUCUUGGUAUCAAGAACCUGUUAGCUUACAUCAAGGAACUGGCUGGUCCAAGAGGAAACGUGUGGGUUAUUGGAGCUCAGAAUGCUGGGAAAUCUACUUUGAUCAAUGCCUUCUCCAAGAAAGACGGUGCAAAGGUCACAAGGCUCACGGAGGCUCCGGUUCCUGGAACAACUCUGGGGAUAUUGAGGAUUGGUGGAGUGUUGUCUGCAAAGGCGAAGAUGUAUGACACUCCUGGUCUUUUGCAUCCUUACAUUAUUUCUCUUAGAUUGAACUCGGAGGAGCGGAAAAUGGUGGAGAUUAGGAAGGAGCUUCAACCUCGGUCUUACAGAGUCAAGGCAGGACAGUCUGUUCACAUUGGUGGGCUGGUGAGGCUAGACCUUGUUAGUGCUUCAGUUGAAACAAUAUACAUAACAGUAUGGGCAUCACACAGUGUGUCAUUGCAUCUAGGAAAAACAGAGAACUCCGAAGAAAUACUCAAGUCCCAUUCCGGUUUACGUUUGCAGCCACCAAUAGGAGAGAAGAGAGCGUCUGAAUUGGGAAACUGGGAAGAGAAGGAGAUUAAAGUGACAGGAAGUAGCUGGGAGGUGAAAAGCAUCGACGUUGCAGUAGCUGGUCUUGGCUGGUUUUCGCUUGGUCUCAAAGGUGAAGCAACGUUAGCGUUGUGGACUUAUCAGGGGAUUGAUGUAACCUUGAGAGAACCGUUGGUUAUUGACAAAGCACCGUUUCUUGAGCGGCCUGGGUUCUGGUUGCCAAAAGCCAUCACAGAAGCGCUUGGAACCUAUUCUAGUAAGCUUGAUGACGCUCGUAGGAGGAAGAAGCAACAAGACAGCACUGAUUUUCUCUCUGAUGUUUAAGUAAAAGAGGUUAAAGAUUCUAGUGCUGAUACAAGUUACAUCACUGUAGCCACCAUGGAAAUAAAAUUUUCAGUAUUUUAAAAUUAACAUAUUGGAUUUGUGUAUC